UACAGUGAUUGAGUAUACAGUGAGUCAAAAAGCACGUGGUAUACUAGACAAAAAAGUUACAAUUACAUUAUGAAUUGUAAUUGUUUAUUUAUUCUCGUGGAAUAUUUAAAAAUAUUAAAAUUUAAAAUAAUUAUACCCAGACUGAAACCAUAAUAGACAUGAAAUUUUUUUGGUGUAUUAAUAAGCUACAGAAUUAAAUUUAGUAUAUAUUAAGACAUUGGGUUCAGAAGAUUUAUUUAUCUUGUGUAUCAAAUGGGAACCAUUUUGAAGGUUUAACAAAAUAUAAUUAAAAUAUAUAAAAAGAGAAUUCAUAUACAUAGAGUCAUAUAUAUUGGAUUGAAUUUGAACCAGUGCAAAGAAGAAAUUAUUCACAUUUUUAUCUAAUUGAAAGACUACAAUUUAAUUUUUUAAAUUUUCAAUAUGAUAGAAUCUAUAACAUUAGAAGUACGACCUAGACUUCAAAUAUGCAAUGUUUUUAUUCAUUUAAAUAAAAAAGUAAAUUCAACAGGAGUUGCAAUAAAGCUUUCAAAAGAAAGUAUAAAAAUAACUAUAAAAAAUAAUACAAUAAUAUUUUUAACAAAAUCUGUAAAGUUAAUGCCAGAUUCAUUAUCAACAUUAGAUAUUAGAAACAAUUGGAUUUGUUUCCGUGUACAAACAAUAUCUGAUCCUGCAUUUGGACCUUUUAAAACGCAAAUAAUUACCAAUCCAGUAUUCAAUGUUAAUUCUUUGAAAGAUUCUUUUAAAACUACUGAGUUAUUUAAUACCGGUAAAUGUCAUAUAAUGUGUGCUUCUUGCAAAAACAUUCUUUCUAAAGACAUGUGUAUUAAAAGGAUUUUACCUCUACCAGAUAUGAAUUAUGAUUCAAGCGAAUGGUUUUGUUGUAAACAUAAUCAUAGUAAUACUAGGUAUAAUUUGGUUCCAUCAGAGUCUGAUAUUUUCUAUGGGUCACUUUCCUUCAUCAUUCGCGCAAGUUUAUUUAAUCACAACUUAAAAAUAGAUGAAAAUAUUGCGAUUUGUAACAGAUGUUUACAAUAUUUAGGAAAAAUUAUUACAGAUAAUACACUUAAAUUAUGGAAUUGUGCUGUGGAUUACAAUUUAUUAAGUAACUCACAAACUAAGACUGCAACAGACCCCUUUAAUGAUUUUUUACUUGCUAUUAAAACUUCAAUGACUGGUAUGUUUGGUGAAGAAAUAAUUUUGCAAUGCUUUGUAGGAAAAGAAAUUCACUCUCUCAUUUUAAAACCGAUGGAUUGGCACUUAAAUUUAAUGAUUGAACCUAAGGAAAUGUCAGAUGAUAAUAUUGUAACUUUGCAAAGAGUAUCAGUUGUCAAAGUAUUAUAUAAAUAUGAAACAAGCAAAAAUAUUAUUGAUUCUGUAAAUAAAUCGUAUUGUGAAGUUAGUUUUUCAGUAAUAAGAGCAGGUUUGGAACAUUUAAUAACAUCAACAAAACGAUUUCCACAGCUUCAUAGAACUACAACUGAUUGUUAUAUCGGACAUAUAUGCCUAGAAAAUUUUACAGACAAUACUUAAUAAUAAAAAAUAGCUUUUGUGUUUUUUAAA